GAUCACUGUUUCUGAAUCCUUCAAGAUUGAGGUGCUUCUAAAAGGCAUCGUUGAACAACUAUUUGAAGAAAUCAAGCAACCAAUCCCACAAAGGAUGGACAACAUGGAUACCAACAGCUUGAAAGGGACAAUUAAUGCUUUCCUGCAACAAAAGAGGAAAACAUUUAUGGAGAAUUCUUGCCCUUCACACUUGGAAAGACUUUCAAAAGCCAUCUUGAAUAGAUGUGAGGGAUUGCCGCUUGCAGUUGUGGCAAUUAGUGGUCUUUUAUCAACAAAGGACAAGAGCAGUGUGGAUGAGUGGGAUAAGAUCUACCGCAGCCUUGGUGCAGAACUAGAAGGAAAUGACAAAUUUCAAAGCAUGAAAAAAAUAUUGUCACUCAGUUACAUUGAUUUACCUUACUAUCUAAAGUUUUGCUUUCUAUAUCUAAGUGUUUUUCCAGAGGAUUGUUUGAUUGACCAUGAGAGAUUGAUUCGGUUAUGGGUGGCAGAAGGAUUUGUAGAAAUGAAAGAAGGAAUGAUGAUAGAAGAAGUUGCUGACGGCUACCUCAAUGAGCUAAUCAAUAGAAGCUUAAUUCAAGUCGCAAAGAGGAGACGAGAUAGAAGGGUCAAAAUGUAUCGCAUCCAUGACCUUUGGCGUGGAAUUAUUUUUUCAAAGUCGGGAGAGCAAAACAUUGUGACAAUAGUUGGUGAACGAAGCAGAGCGUGGCCUGAAAAGGUGCGGCGCUUAUCAAUCCACAAUCAUUUGGAAAAUAUACAUCAAAGCAAACGUUUCACUCGACUUCGUUCUUUACUCAUGUUCAGUACAAUAGAUUCAAUGUCCAAGUUCCCCAUGCUUGUAUCGUCAAAUGAUGGUCUACAGUUGCUAACCGUGCCAGAGUUGAAAGGUGCCUUGUUGGAAAUAUUCCCAAAUGAAGUUUCCAAACUAAAUCAACUCAGGUAUUUAAGUUUGAAGGGAACCAAUGUAAAAGUAAUUCCGAAGUCGAUUGGAAAGCUCCAAAACCUGGAAACAUUGGACCUUAAAGAUACGUAUGUCACUGAGUUGUCUGAUGAUAUCCUGAAGCUCCAACGACUUCACCAUAUCUUGUUGUAUCGAUACCAACCAAGUCCUUAUAUUUCUUUUCAACGCCAAUCUGGAUUCAAAGCCCCAGUGGAAAUAGGAACUUUGUCAUCCUUGCAGAAACUUUGUUGUAUUGAAACAAACCAUGGGAAUAAUGGUGGCAUUUUCCUGGCAGAGAUAGGGAAGUUGACUCAACUGAGGAGGUUACACAUUCAAAAGCUGAGAAGUGAAGAUGGGGAGGGAUUAUGCUCGUCCCUUGAGAAGCUGAGUAACCUUCGCUCAUUGAUUGUUCGUGCAACAGAGGAAGAUGAGAUCAUUGAUCUAGAUUCUCUUUCUUCACCACCUCAGCUUCUUCGAACACUCUUCCUAGAAGGAAGUUUACAUAAGCUACCGCAUUGGAUACCUUCACUGCAUAACCUGGUAAGAGUAAGUUUAGCAUGGAGUAAGUUAAGGGAUGAUGAUCCACUGAAAUCCCUUGAAGGUUUGCCCAAUUUGGUUGAGGUUGAACUUCUUCAGACAUAUGAAGGGGAAGGACUGUGUUUCAAAGCUAGUGGAUUUCAAAGGCUUGUGAGAUUAUACCUCAAUAGAUUAAAAGGAUUAAGAUGGGUGAAGGUGGAGGUUGGUUCAAUGCCUCAUCUUGAAGAGAUAUAUAUCCAGAAUUGUGAAUUGGUAGAGGAGUUACCCUCUGGCAUUGAACAUCUAACCAACCUUAAAUUUCUUGAAUUGGUUAAUAUGUCUAAUGAAUUGAUUUCAAGGUUGAACAGAGACUUAGAAGGUGGGAAUUAUUGGAAAAUUUCACACAUCCCAAAAGUUUGGAUUGGAAAUGCAAUAUGUGGUUAUUGGAAAGGAAAUUAUCUAUAGAGAGAGAGAGACGAGAGAGCUCUAACCAUAUUGGAUCAUCACCACAAUUACAAUGCUUAUUAUGUAUUUAUUUAUUUUCAUGUGCUCUUGGUACUUGAUUUGUUGUAUUCAUAUUGGGAUCAAAUUUUUCUCUAUUCUUUUCUUUUACCUUCUCUCUCUUCCACUUUUGUUAUUUUAGUAGAUCGGGAGCCUUUUAUUUGACCUCCUACUUUUAAUCCUAGAGAGUUGGUAACUUCACAAAUUUUUGAAUUGGGAUUGUAAAUCUUAGGGUUCGUUUGGUGAGAUUUUUAUGCUUUUAUUUAUUAAAUUUUUUGUUUUAGCUUUAAGAAAUUUUGAAAAUUAAAAUAAAAAACAUGUUUGGUAAUUUUUUUCACUUUUUAAAAAAAUGGUUACAAUUUUCUGAAUUUGAGGAAACAACAAAAAUGUGUUUUUACUUACUUUCAAAAUAAGUUUCAUUCCUUCUUGCCUCCCACACCCUUUUGUCACCUAGCCACCCUUUCCGCUCUGGCGACCACUUCCAACCACUCCCCCCUUUUGGUAACUAACCAAACUUGUUUCCUUGUUUCAUUUUUUUUUUUUUUUAAAUGUUUUGAGAAUGGUUAGGCUUCUCUUAAAUUUAAAUUGGAACUUGAGAGGCUUGUGGGAUGCAAUAUGAGUCUCGUUUCUAUGAUCUAAAUUGUUUAUUUUGUAGGGUCUUAAUUGUAUAUCAUCCACGGAAAAAAUUAGGUUGAUUUGAUAAUUAUAUAUUCCAUUCAUCUUAUCCCAUUUGUCUCUAUAAAAAUGAACGACAAGUGUAUUUUUGAAAAUAGAUCAUCCAUUUUUUUGGAUGAUCUGUAUGGUUUGCACAAAAUGAACAUUUUAGAUUGAUUCGUGGUAACCCCAUGGGCUCCUCAAGUUGUCUCAAUUUCAUAUUUGAACUUGAAAGAAGCCCAACUCCUCAAUUAUAUAGGGCCAAACUCCUUGCCACAUUAUUAUUGGUGAAUUUGUAUGUCUAAAAUUGAACUUCUCUAAUAUUUCUUUGACAUAGUUUGGAGACUAAAAAAAACAAGAAGCAUAUUCUAAGAAUCAAAAUAUAACAAAAUGCAUAGUUUGGGAUCAAUUGUAUUCGAUCAUUGAUUUUUUAAGACUUAAUGUAAAAUUAAAAAAUUACCCUGAUUCUUGUUAUUGAUUUACACGACACUUUCGUCUCACAAUAGCUAAUAUUUUCUUUUUCUUUAUUAUUACAAUUUUCCCCUAAUCACAAAACAUCUAAGCCUAUUUUGUGAACCCACCCUUUCACUACCAUCUCCACUGG